GAUAACGUGAAAGCCCACUAUAAAGCGGUUGCCAACUCAUCCGGUAUAAUAAUUUUGUAACCUCAAAUGGUGACGUCACGUUGCCGGCUUGUGUUUACGGUGCUUUUGGUUUUUAUGCUCACGGUGGCACGAACAAAUUACGAUACGAUUACGUGUUCGUGGUACACAACGUAAGAACUGUUCUGAUAGCGAUUCGAUUCGGAGCUAAGCCGAUUUAUCGAAACUGUUCGAUUACUGUGCGAAAAUGUAUUGAUGCCUACGAUGGACAAACGCCGGUAGCUAAUAAUCUUUGUGUAAAUUCAGUUGGUUAAGAGCAAGUUGAUAGUAGAGGUUCAUGUAAGUUUGCCUUGUCGAUCCCGCGGACCCUGAUGUCAAUAUGAAAACGUUGCUGACCAACCCGGCCGGAUGGAAAAGUCUCAUCACAUUUGCCAUCCUCUUUUUGGCAUGGGUGUCCGGCUUCUCCGCCCGGUUAUUUGCCGUCAUACGGUUCGAGAGCAUUAUACACGAAUUCGACCCGUGGUUCAAUUACCGUGCCACAGCUUAUAUGGUACAACAUGGCUUCUACAAUUUCCUGAACUGGUUCGACGAAAGAGCAUGGUAUCCACUGGGAAGGAUAGUCGGAGGCACAGUUUAUCCAGGACUGAUGGUCACUUCUGGUGCCAUACAUUAUGUCUUACAUGCACUCAACAUUCCAGUUCACAUUAGAGAUAUUUGUGUAUUCUUAGCACCCAUAUUCAGUGGUAUGACAGCAAUAUCAACUUAUUUUUUAACUAAAGAACUAUGGUCUCCAGGAGCUGGGUUGUUUGCAUGCUGUUUUAUUGCAAUUGUACCUGGAUAUAUAAGUCGAUCAGUAGCUGGAAGUUAUGACAAUGAAGGAAUUGCCAUAUUUGCCCUCCAAUUCACGUAUUACCUUUGGGUGAAGUCAAUCAAAACUGGUUCAGUUUUUUGGUCUGUUCUCACAGCUCUUUCAUAUUUCUAUAUGGUUUCAGCAUGGGGUGGAUAUGUGUUCAUUAUAAACUUAAUUCCUCUCCAUGUGUUUUUGUUAUUGAUUAUGGGCCGUUACUCAUAUCGUCUAUUCACGAGUUAUACUGUUUUUUAUAUACUUGGUUUGGUUUUGAGCAUGCAAAUACCGUUUGUGGGUUUUCAACCUAUUAGAACUAGUGAACAUAUGGCAGCAUCAGGAGUAUUUGCAUUGGUCAUGGCGGCUGGUGCAUUUAAUUAUAUUCAAACUCGUAUUACCAAAGCAGAGUUUAAAUUUAUUUUUAUAUUUGCAACAUUAGUUGCAUCUGGUAUUGUGCUUAUGGCUGUUAUUGGUCUUACUUGGGCUGGAGUCAUUGCACCAUGGAGUGGAAGAUUCUAUUCUUUAUGGGAUACUACAUAUGCCAAGAUUCAUAUACCUAUCAUUGCAUCCGUAUCUGAACAUCAACCAACUACAUGGUUUAGCUUUUUCUUUGAUCUCCAUAUACUUGUUUGUAUAUUCCCUGCAGGAUUGUGGUAUUGUAUUCAAGAGUAUAAUGAUGAGCGACUCUUUGUGGUUUUAUAUGCUUUAAGUGCUGUAUACUUUGCUGGUGUUAUGGUUAGGUUAAUGUUAACAUUAACCCCUGCUGUGUGUAUUCUUAGUGGUAUUGCAUUUUCAAAAAUCUUUGAAAAUUACCUAAAAGAAGAUGGUCCAGUAGUCAGUAAUGUUACAAAAUCAGUCGAAGAAAAACAACCUGUUAAAGAAAAGACUCCUUCUAAAUCAUCCCAAUCAUCAAGUUCUGGAAAAAGUAAAAAGAAACCACCAAUCAUUGUUUCGUCAUCGGUUAGUGAUAACAGUAAUGGAGAAGGUGUUGGAUCGAAUAUUAGGAGUAUUGUGACAAUUUCUAUGUUACUUGUUCUUAUGAUGUUUGUUGUCCACUGUACUUGGGUCACAAGUAAUGCAUAUUCUAGUCCUAGUAUUGUAUUAGCAUCAUUUAGUAAUGAUGGAUCUCGUCAAAUAUUGGAUGAUUUUCGUGAAGCUUAUUAUUGGCUUUCACAAAACACAGACAAUGAUGCUCGAGUCAUGUCUUGGUGGGAUUAUGGCUAUCAAAUAGCUGGGAUGGCCAAUCGAACUACUUUAGUAGAUAAUAAUACUUGGAACAAUAGUCAUAUAGCUUUAGUUGGCAAGGCAAUGUCAUCUACUGAACCAAAAGCUUAUGAAAUAAUGACGUCCCUUGAUGUUGAUUAUGUUCUUGUUAUAUUUGGUGGUGUUAUUGGUUAUUCUGGUGAUGAUAUAAAUAAAUUUUUAUGGAUGGUUCGAAUUGCUGAAGGUGAACAUCCAAAAGACAUAAGGGAGUCUGAUUACUUUACUGAACGUGGUGAAUUUAGAAUUGACAGUCAAGGGUCACCAACGAUGCUCAAUUGUUUAAUGUAUAAACUUAGCUAUUAUAGAUUUGGAGACUUAAAAUUGGAUUUUAGAACACCUGCUGGUUUUGACCGUACACGUAAUGCAGUUAUUGGUAAUCAAAAUUUUGACCUCACUUAUUUGGAAGAAGCAUACACUACUGAACAUUGGUUGGUUAGGAUAUACAGGGUAAAAAAACCAGAUGAGUUUAAUAGGCCACGCAUCCCGGUAUUGGAUAGAAAAAUCCGGAAUCCUGGAGCAUCUGCUGUAUCAAAAAAGUCUGCCCGCAAGAAAAAAGGUAUUAUUCAGGGCAAACCAGUAGUGGUGAAAGGUAAAAAACCUAAAGCAACCAACACUUAUACAAAUGGAAUUAAAUAAUUUGUCCAUUAAAAAUGGGCGCCAUAUGUUGUUGUUUAUAUUAUUUAUUUUUUUUUUUGUGUUUUUUUAUCACAAAAUUAUUAUGUGAUCUGCAAUAGAAUUAAAUGAAAGCAUCUUAUAUUUUUUAGUUUUUUUUUUUAAUUAGGAUGCACUCAUGUAUUAUCAA